UUCUUGAAAAACAAUGGCGAUGAAAAAAAAAAAAUAUUUGCAUUUCUUUUUUUGUCGCUACGUGGCGCUAAUUAGUAAUGACUUGAGUCUUGACACGAAAAUUGGUGCUCGGUCGUAAUAAUUUUUUCAAAUAAAAAUCAGUGAAUAUUUUAAGCAAAUAUUAUAAUAUUCGAGUUAAAUAAAUUUAAAUUAUCAACAAAAUGGUACGUUGCUAUACAAAAAAAUCUUGUAGACAAAGUUGGGAUGUAGAAUCGAUGGAAAAUGCAAUAGUACACGUAGUGAGGAAAACAAUGAGCUAUAAAACAGCUUCUGAAUGCUUUGAAAUCCCCAGAGGGACUUUAUUCAGAAGAGUAAAAGAAUAUUUGGCUACUAGAGAUAUGGAAGCAGCGCUUUUUAAAGAAGCUGAGUUCGUCAAUUAUAUUAAAGACUUGGAAAAAAUUCUUCAUAAAUUAGAUGGCAUGGAACUACGAAUACUUGCAUAUCAAACAGCUGUAAAAAAUAAUAUUCAACAUCCAUUUACCAAUGGUUAUGCAGGUCAAGACUGGUUAAAUUCAUUUCUUCAACGAAAUUCAACAAUAUCCUUACGAAAACCUGAAGGAACAUCAGCACACAGAGCCGCAGGUUUUAAUAAGAUAGUUGUUGCUAAUUAUUUUGAAUUAUUACGAAAAGUAAUAGAUCAGCAUAACAUAACCGAAGAUCGUGUGUAUAAUCUCGAUGAGUGUGGCUACUCACCUGUCCCAAAACAUCAGGGUAAAAUCCUAGCGAAAAAAGGUAAAAAGCAAGUUGGAAUCCUUACGUCAGCUGAGCGAGGUAAACUUAUAACUGUUGAGAUUUGUGUAUCAGCGUCAGGAAAUUACCUGCCACCAAUGUUUGUGUUUCCUAGAAAACGUUGGAAAGCUGGCUUACUUGAUGAAGCAUUGCAAGGCAGUUGGGGUGAUUGUCAUUCAACUGGGUGGAUGCAAGCUGAUAUUUUUUUUAAAUAUUUUAAAUGGUUUGUUGAACAAGUUAAGCCGACUCCUGACAGACCAGUUCUUCUUGUUCUUGAUGGGCAUAUCACUCAUAGAAGCCUAGAUGUAAUUGACCACGCUCGUAAACACUCUGUGAUUAUUCUUUGCCUUCCACCUCAUUGCACUCAUCGCUUGCAACCACUGGAUGUGAGUAUGAUGAAACCAAUUUCUACUUUUUAUGCCAAAAAAGUUAGAAAUUGGCUACGUAUAAAUUCACCAAGAAGAGUCACCACUGAACAAGUUCCAAUGCUAUUCAGUAGAGCUUUUACAGCAGCGUCAACGUCAUCAAAUAUUAAAAAUGGUUUUAAAAAAUCAGGAUUGUGGCCAUUGAAUCCCAAUGUAUUUGAUGACGAUGACUUUGCACCAGCGGAUCUCACGUGUUCAAAUGACGAUGGAGAAAGAGAACCAGAUAAAGAAGCUGAAGAACAAGAACAAGAAGAAGAAGAAACAGAACCUGAAAAAGAAGUUGAAGAAGAAAAAAAAUCGAAUGAACCACGUAAAAAUACUGAUGAUGAUGAAGAAGAAGAAGAAGAAAAAGAAGAAAAUAAAGCACAAGAUCAAGAAGAGGACCUGGUUCACGUACUGAGCCAAAACCUGAGUCAAAUUUCUGUUGAAAAUGGCCCAGAACAAGAACAAAUUAUCGACUCACCAGUACCUCUUCCAAAGUCUUGGUUUAAACGAAAAGCUGAAAGAGCUUCAAAAAGAUUUGAUGUGUCACCUUAUGUGAUUCAGCCACUUCCAACAGGCAGAAAAAAUGGAAGUCGUAGAGGUCGUCCUCCAGGAAAGUCAGCUGUAAUUACAAGCUCUCCAUUUCGUAAUGAAUUACUUGCGAGAGUGGAGAAAAAAAAGGCUACACAGUCAGCAUCUUCAUCGAGAUCUAAGUCUACUCUAGAUGACAAUGACAGUGAGUCUGAAGUUGAAGACUUAAACGAAAAUAAAAAUACUGAUGAAGACCCAGUGUGCUUCUAUUGUUCUGAAGCAUACUCGACUUCAACUGGGUCGUGGAUACAAUGUACUAGCUGUAAAGAAUGGGUACAUGAAAAAUGUGCAGGUACAUUGGGUAAAAAAUAUCCUCGUGGGUACAAUUGCGAAGAAAAUAUAAAAGAUUGGAUUACAUCAAGUGACAAAGGUGUUUAUUAUUUUUAUAGUAAAGUUUGUAAAGUGCACAAUAGAACAACAGGUGGAAAAGCUGAUGUUAUUAAACAUGGAAAUGGUCUAGAACAUUUAAAAAAAAUGAAACAAACAAAAGGACAACAAACAAUGACAAGUUCUUUCAACAACUCAACAUCUAUUUCCACUAAAAUUGAAAAAGCUGAAAUAAAAAUUGCUGCUUUCAUCGUACAAGAAAAUUUAUCAAUUCAAGUGGCUGAUUCUUUUGUUGAAAUUUGGAAAGACAUAUUUUCAGACUCUGAAGUUGCACAAAAAAUUACAUGCAAUAGAACUAAAUGUACUGCAAUUAUUAAAAACGUGUUGGGACAAUGUGGCUUAGAAGAAACUGUAAAGUUGCUACAAAUCCAUAAAUUUUCACUUUUAGUUGAUGAAGCUACUGAUGGAGCUGGUAUAAAACAGCUAGCCAUGAUUGUACGUUUUGUUACUGGUUCAACUGUUACUGAUUGUUUUCUUGCAUUAAAAUCUACUCCAUCAGCAAGAUCAGAAGAUUUAUAUAAAAUAAUUGUAAAAGUUUUUAAUGAAUAUGAUAUACCAUGGAAGAAAAAUAUGAUUGGUUUUUCUGCUGAUGGAGCUGCUAAUAUGUCUUUGUUAGCAGUCUUAUUAAAAAAAGAUAUUCCUGAUCUUUUUUUUUUCAAAAAUGCAUAUGUCAUUCAUGGGCAUUAUGUGCAAGCUAUGCAUAUAACUGAUGUUGCUGAUGCAUUGAUAUUAAAACGAUUAUUGAGUGAAUUAUUUUAUCGUGGAAUUAUUGUUGUUGCAACAAGUAAUAGAGCUCCUGAUGAUUUAUACAAAAGUAGAUUACGUACUGAAUCAUCUGGAUCUUAUCCUUUGAUAAAAUAA